AGGGUUUGCUGUCGUUCACGCCUCUUCCUCCGUUAGGAGACAUCAUGGCGCUGAGCCGGACUCUCUACGGUUUACUCUUCAAAAAGACGUCGACUUUCGCCGUCACGAUUAUGGUGGGAGCCGUCGUGUUUGAGCGAGUGUUUGACCAAGCUGGAGACGCGUUGUUUGAGGGUUUAAAUCGAGGGAAAUUGUGGAAACACAUUAAACACAAUUAUGAGAAGGAGGAAUAACCGGGACGUUAAGCGUCCAUCGUUCCUGAGAUAAUCAACCGACUUUGACCGCGUUCUGUCUACCAUGUCGGAUCAUCACCAUUCAGACGUUGCAGGACUGGAGACUUUCUCUGACGAUCGUGGACUCAUCGCCCCCCUCUUGGAUGCUGUGCAUUAUGCCGCGUGUUCCCCACAGUUUGUACUUGUAACCCUAAAUUAAACCUGUGUUAAAUCCAACAAUGUAAUGCUAUUUGUGAGUCUGUGUGUCUGGCUGUAAGGCUACCUAGAGGGCUGAAUUAAUAAAAACAUUAGAACCAG